GGAGCACCGCGCUGGACGCGCGCCUCGGCGCGGAAGAGAGACAAUGAGUUUUGCCACAAGAAGAUGGUUCUACCUACCACUGGGAUGCAUGAUGUUGAUCAAUCUGAUGAAUGCUGAUUUUGAAUUUCAAAAGGGGGUGCUUGCCAGCAUCAGCCCAGGCAUCAUGAAAGAUAUUGAUUUCCAGUGCUGGAAUGCUUGCUCUUUGACGUUGAUAGAUCUCAAGGAACUCAAGAUACAGCACAAUGUGGAUGCUUUCUGGAAUUUCAUGUUGUUCUUGCAAAAAUCCCAACGGCCUAGACAUUACAAUGUCUUCUUAAGCAUAGCUCAGGAUUUCUGGGACAUGUAUGUAGACUGCUUGCUUUCACGAUCUCAUGGAAUGGGCAGAAGACAGGUGAUACCUCCCAAGUAUAAUUUUCCACAGAAGGUAACAGGAGGAUCCUGUCUAGGACACCACCUUAUAUUGAGUUAUCUUGUCUCCUUAGGCUCCAAGAUGUUUUAAAUGACCUUGAGAAUUUUGAUCACUG